AUGGCGUGCAAUUCCACCAAGUUGAUGUCGAUGACGUCAGCAUCCAAGGCCAGCAUCUCGUCUUCCGAAUCGAACACUCAGGAGUCGAUGAUUCCGUCGACGAUGUUGGCCCCAAUCCUGAACGUUCUCUUAUCAUUGGACAAAAUGGCGUUAAAGAAUGCCCAGUCGUCCAUGUGUUUCAACUCCACAUGCCUGCGGAUGUUCUCCGUGCGGAACGGAAUGACGAUGGCCGUGUCAUUGCCUCCGCCGAACCAGGCGGAGAUGGACGAGCUGAUAAUGCUAAGCGUCGAGCGUGCGGCAGCGUCGUCAAGAAGAAUCGAACCGUCAACUCGUUAUGACCGCGGCGAUGGAGAAGAAUCGGUUCAAGUCACGCUUUUGCGGCAACAAGAGGACUUAGUCCGGCAACAAGACGAACUUAAGCGGGUCAUGGCAAACCAGACCAAGGCCACGGCGGAGCAUCAGGAGAUGCUACGACAAGCGUCGGACGCGAUGCGGCAGCAGCACUACACGGAGCCAAUCAGCGACCGAGAGUCGUUGGCGAAGCGACGACGAGCCGCGUGGAGAAACUCAUGUGUGCAGCAAGUACCGCUAGCCCCUGUGUACAAGGGUAGAACCAAGCGCGAGCGGCGCGAAUUUAUGAGUAUCUCGCUUACUCGCGGCAUGUGGAAGUUGGCGCGCCGCGGCCCAGAAAGAAUUCCGCAGUCUGAAAAGGCGUAUGCAGCGAGGUCGCUUCAUUCCGCAACCAGUCCCGGAGGCCACAAAACAUGGAUCACAGGGUCGGGUGCCCACGCCUCGCCAUAUUCCUUCUUGCGCAUGCACACCGUGCUCUCCCACGUCAUUGUAGACUUGCGCAACAGCAUUCAGCGAAACGAACGAUCGUUAAGCAUCCUCCAGGAAGUCGAUGGCGUCGACCUUGGGGAGCUGUCCCCACGACAUGUGGUAAGAUCGUCACGCCCUGACCUCCGGACGGCCCUGGUUUCGAGUCGACGGGCCUUGGAUACGGCACACGCGGAACGGGAUUGGACCAACGACUUGCUACAAGAGGCUCAAGGGUCGCUCUGGUCCUUAGAGCACGGACAACGCGACCUCCGGGAGCAGCGCGACCAAGCCCAGGCCAGGCUGAGCGACCAGCAGGCAGAACUCCGGGACCUGGCGAGCCAGCUGACGGUCCAAACGGAAAAGGCCACCAAGCUGGAGAGACGAGUACAAGAGACAGACCAGGCCUUGGAAGUCAUGACCGCCGAGGCCCCUCCGGACUCGGGGGCUAAGGGUUCUACCCACUCAGGUCCGGCGGGUGCCAAGGGACCCGUACCUCCAUCCCCCUCGCGUUCCGCGAAACGCCCGGCCUCAGGAGGACGUCCCGGGAAACGGAAAGUCUCUCGUGUCCACGCUGCCGUUCCCUUACCAUCCACGGACCCGAAUCUACCCCGAGACGUCGAUGCGACCUAUAUGGCCGUGGCGCUAUCGAAGCCGUGGGAGCAGUACAAGGUGGAAGAGUCGUUUAUACGCUCGUCGGGGCGCCAACUUCCGCUGUGGGCGGAGCUCCAGGAACAACUCGAGGACUUCUGGGGAAAUCAUGCCCUCGCGCACUGGAACCGUCGUUUCAUGCGGGGGUCGGCCGAAGUACAUGCCGAGGUUGAGGCGGCCAUGGGUACAUUGGUGGGCAUUAUCGGAUGCUUGUACCGCAUCGUCCGGCGCCAUGGGAUCGACUUGUUGCGCUUCUUGUUACCCCCAUUCGUUUUGGCCGGACUUCCUUCGCGACGGGGUCUCUUUGAAGAUGAUGGUCUCGGUCUAGGGUGCUCGAGCCGUGCAGGACUAUCUGUCAUCUCAAGGCUCGGAAUUUUGGCCGGAGGUCCCGUCCACUUCUCGCACCGAGCCGUUCGAUCCCCUUUCAUGGCCACUCUAGCCUUCCUCAAGGGGUGCUCGCUAAGGGAGUUUUGGUUUAAGAAGUGCGAAAGAGUGCCGACUCGCCGGUGUCUAUCAGGGGCGUUUCCUGUCUAUCAGGGGCGUUUCCCGUUCGUGGUGGACGACCGUUCGCAUCCCCCCGAAGGGUCUCAGUGGGCUCGUGGUAUGCCGCGUCCAGCGGGCAUUCCCCCCAUGGGGUAUACGCCCCCACUUCCCAACACCACCGGAGUACCGAAAACGGCCACGACGUCCGGCGCGCCAACGACGUUUUCAGCGUCCGGGGUUCAGAGUACGUUCUCGGCACCGGAAAUGGUGGACUUGUUGUCCGACUCCGCUACAGACACGGAUGAGGAGACGGUGGCCGUUGACCUUUGA